UUCUAAGUGUUGUGAGAUAUAAUUAUUAAUAUACGUAAAUUUGACGUAAGAAAUUAGUUCUCAAAAUUUAAAAAUUAAUAUAUUAUUAAACAAAAUGCUCAUUGAUGGCAAGAAGAUCUUAAAAGCUUUGCGAGAGCUAGUAGCGCCGUCCACUCCACAGGAAAUCGCGCAGCACAUAGCAAAGAAGCGUAAAAGACAGCCAGAUCUCAAAAAAUUGGAACAGGAAGUAGUUGAGGCGCUGUCGGGAGGACGAAAAUUUGGAUUCGUGGAAAUGUGCAAUGGACAUUAUUAUAAUUUAGAAGAUACAGAGCGCGAGCUAAAACUUAUAGAAAAUGAAGGAAAUCAAAAAAGGAAGCUGCGUCAAAACCUUGUAUGGACUGACUCUGAUACUAGUGACAAUAUUAUACCUUUCUUAAAAAAGCGUAAGCGCUUUUAUCGUGGCCAUUCUUUUAAUAAGAAAAAGCCAUUUUAUUUGCCACCGAAGAAACGUAAACGUCGACAUAUUUCGACAACACUAGAUCAGACAAAUUUCACAGUUAUUCCGCAAGCUGCUCAUUCCAUGCCAUCAAACAGCGUAAGAUGUGUUGCCUCUAAUGAAAAGCAAUCUAUCCGCAGUGAUAAUGCAAAGUAUGACCUUGCAAUGGGUGCAGAGAUGGCUAAAGCAAAAAUUGACGUCAUAAUAGAUGAAAUUGCAGCAAACUAUUUCCUCUUUGAAGCACCGAGUUCGGGUUUUAGCAGGGAUCAGCGUACCUCCGAACUUUUAAAACAAAAUGUUGAGAAUCCAAUUGCUUCUUCUGCUUUAAGAGAAGCUGCUACUGUUGUCAAUUCUAAAUUAGAUGAAAUUGUGGAUAACAUUGUGUCAUGUUUUGAACAACAAAAUAUUGCUGCCAAAAAAAGUAAGAAAUUUCUUCAAUUUAUAUCCAGUGACUUCAGUAUUUCUUCUACCAAUGAAAUUCUUUCUAAAAUGAGUGUUCAGAACUACCUUAAGGAACACGAUGGUGCUCAAAACUCUAAGCAGUUAAUGAAAGAUGAAGAUGCAGCAAUUUCAGAACUUAGUAACGCAUUGCUUCAAAAAGGACAAGGCAAUUUCGAAAACUCAGAUAAUGAAGAAGUUUUAAUGGAUUAUAUGUCAUUGCCUGCAAGUGGAUCGACAGGUGUGCCUGGAAUGCUUCAGACGCAAAAAAGUAUUCAAGUAGCUAAUCCACGCCAUGAUCCGAAAAACACAAUGAAAUCUGCGACCGAACCGGAAGACAUCACGUAUUUUUGGCCCUUAUAUGACUUUUGUCCACGUUGCUGGUUUGAAAACGGCAAGUGUCAGUGUAAUUUAGUGUAAUUUAGUGUAAUUUAGACAUGCUUGUAAUUGAUUUAAAAACUUUUUGGACAAAACUGAAAUUUAUUGUAUCCGUAAUUAAGAAGUAAUCAAUUCCCAAAUUUAUAGCUAUGCUAUACUCAGUUUAUUUACAUUUUCUAAAUUUUAAUUUAUAUCAGGUUAUAUUUUAAUAAUGAAUUUAAUAAAAAAUCCCAAAUUAUUGCAUCUGCAUAU